GCCCCCGGAGGAGUAGCAUCUUCCUCUGACGGCGGGAGUGUGCCUCUCCGGGGGGCCCCGCGCGCGCCGCUAGCUCCUCCUCCUCCUCGCGCUCCCUCCUCGCGCCACUCUUCCUCCUGCUCUUCCCGCGCGCGCGCCCCCCUCCCCUCCCUCAGUUCCUCCCUCCCUCCCUCCGCACCUGAGCGGAGCAGCGGCGAUGAAGAGCAGCAGACGCAGCGCGAGCAGCAGCAGGAGCAGGAGGAGCCGCCCUCUCGGGCCCCGGCUGGGCCGAUCGGGGCGCUCGCCGUGACGGGAAUCCCAGUCUUGCAGCCCCCCCCCCCCCCGUCUAAAAAAAACCCAAGCCCUGUCUGUCCUUCGCUUGUCAACAUCCCUCUGCCGCCCGCUCCCCACGGCGGGGGGUAGGGGCGCUGCCGGCUGGAGGCAUGGGCUGCAUCGGAUCCAGGACUGUCGGAAAUGAAGUGAUUGCAGUGGACUGGAAAGGGCUAAAAGAUGGGGACCAAAUCAACAUGGACAGCACCAGUUCGCUUCAUGGCAGCAGCAUCCACAGACCCUCCAAUGAGCAAACACGCACAGAUUUCUCCUGGGAUGGCAUUAAUCUCUCCAUGGAAGAUACAACCUCCAUCCUUCCUAAGCUCAAGCGAAACUCCAAUGCAUAUGGGAUUGGAGCACUUGCAAAGUCAUCUUUCUCCGGCGCCUUAGGGAUAUCUCGCAGCAUGAAGGAUCACGUCACCAAGCCCACUGCCAUGGGUAGUGGUCGUGUUGCCCACAUGAUUGAAUGGCAGGGCUGGGGACAAGGAGCUAGCCAGCAGCAGAUCCACACCCAUGAAACCGUACGGAAGGAUGCUGAUGCUUACUCUGACCUUAGUGAUGGUGAAAAGGAGGCCCGAUUCCUUGCAGGGGUUAUGGAACAGUUUGCCAUCUCAGAAGCCACCCUCAUGGCCUGGUCUUCCAUGGAUGGUGAGGAUAUGAGUGUUAACUCAACCCAGGAGAACCAAGCUGGGAACUACAAUGACCAGGAGGUGGCAGAUAACCAGGGUGAGAACCUACAAGAUCAAAUGGCUCAAGCACAGUACGAUAGCUGGCCUCACUCUUACGUCUCUCAAGGCAUGUACUGCCUGGGUUCUUCUGAAGCCUGGGAGACCAGUGACCAGUCCCUCAUUGCUUCUCCAGCUACUGGAUCCUAUCUUGGCCAGAACUUCGAAGACUCCCAAUCCAGUUUGCAGGAAAAUGUUCUUAUCCAGAACAACCUUAUCCAGCAGCACCAGUUGAUGCAGCUGCAACAGCUGCAGCAACAGCAACUGCAGCAACAGCAGUUGCAGCAACAACAGCAGUUGCAGCAGCAGCAACAACAACAGCAGCAUCUGCAACUGCAACACAACCAGCAACUGCAACAGGCCCUACUCCAAAAUACAGGCCUUGUGGAGGUGUGGCCCACUCAGACAAUUCCCAGUGGUGGCAAUGGUGGCAGUGCUGAGUCCAGCACCUUUGUGGGCAUUCACACAGAGGAGGAAGGGAAUCCCUUGCUAGAGAAAGCCCCACUAUUGAACAAGAAGCCUUCACCGGAGGAGGACGAUGUUGUGUGCCGGGACUUGGAGUCCCUUUCACCCCGGGAAGAGCCUGAACCUGCUGCCCUCAGUCGCAAGGUCUCUGAUGUUACAUCUUCUGGGGUGCAAUCUUUUGAUGAGGAGGAAGGUGAAGCCAACAACUGAUGCUGCCAUUGAGGAAUCUUUGUCCUUAUGCAUGGGAAACACAGGUGGGGGAAAGUGACAGGGAAGCCCCUCUUCAGCUCUGAAAUCCCCAGGCUCACUAGCACACUUGUUUGUUUGUUUUAAUGGAAGGGUAAGCCAAGGACCAAAAGUGCUGGACAUUGCUAAGUCCCCUUCACCUCCUUCACCUACUGGGCUGAACCUUCAAGACCUUCUGCCUUGGACACUCAGGCACAGGGAGCUCAGGGAAGGAACAUUGCUGACGAUGGAUACAGGUUUGCUAGUGGAAAGAAGAUGGUUUGAGAGAUACAGACAUAGUCUUAAUAUGGCAGCUGAGAGUAUGCUUUGGUUGGAUAUAAGGAUCACAGAAGAUAUAACAGAAGUUUUACAUUGUGACCAUGCUGAAGGGGAAUGAUGAAAACAUUUAGUUUUGUUGAUAAACUUACACCAAAAGUGUCAGGCUCAAGCCUAACCAUAUAAUCUGCUUAUGAAAGUGAGGUUCUACCAGGAAGAAAUCUCUAUACUGGAGGCCUAGUGGGUGUAAUAUGGAGGCAGUGGUGCUGUGGAAACAGGCCAUGCAUAGGAACUAAAAGAAAGGGUUCAUGGAUUUUAACCAUCCUACAAUGGACAGAGCCGCUCUGUGAGUUCACUCCAGCACUUUUGCACUGAUCACUGCAGAAACCUUCCUUGUGCACCCUGUUAUCUCUGCCUGCCUGGGAGCUGAAGAGGGUUUUCCCCCUCUUUAAUAUUGGGCACUGCAUGCAGGGUAGGGAAAAGGGAGGGGGGUCAUCUGCUAAGUUUAUAUUUUAUGCAGACAUGGAAUCCUCUCUUUCCAGUUGUGAAUGGGAAAAUCGAGCAUGUGUGCCAUUCGUAUCUCAGUCUCCCAGUUUAUAUUAGGGCUUUUGUUGUCACAGGUUUCAAAAUGUUUGCAUUUUGAUCAGUGGCUAACAGAGGAAAUGGCCUUGUUGCCACCUAGUGUGGGGUAAUGCUCCUUUCCUAGGAUCACUGGAUCCUCUGUCGUGCCAAAAUGGGGAUGAAGCAGAGGCUGUGAGAAGAGAAUCUUUCUUCUCUAUUUCUACUAAUUCCUGUCUCCUCCAUUAAUUUGUCUUUCCUGUUCUGUAAAUGUUUCUCAGGCCUCAUAUCAGUCAAAGGAAAAAAAAGGCGAUAUGUGAAACUAGGUUUUUAUUUUUACAAUGCGUUUUUCAUCCUGUUUCUUUGGGAGGGGGAUGAACAUAACAACUUGGCUUGUGGGUUUUACACAACUUUAGAUCAAAGUCGCUCCUGUCCCUUUCAAUGUCUGUUUUGUCAUGACAGCCAAAGCAUACUUUUGUCAGUAUAAAAACCAUGUUAAUCUCCUUUAAGUCCCCAGCCUUCAGUGGAAAAUAAAAUAUGGGACAAAAAAAUUGGUAUGAAGCAGGACAAUCUAAAUGUGAUCGGUUGUGAGCCAAGCAGCGAUUGCUGACAUUUAAUAAGGACACACAACUGUCCAGUGACAAGGAUAAUCCAGUCUUCCCUUUCCUCUUGUUUGGACUGAUUUCUCUGAUUUAAUUUGUUCACCUGAUACUCAAGGUUGGUUUUCUGCCAGUAUAUUCUCUUGUGGGGUUCUUGGCUACAGGAUUCAGGGAGAAACCCUUUUGCAACACUGCUCACUGCGAUCUGGGGCCCGUCAUCAACUUUGCAUUCAGAUGUCAGUCACUGAGGGAAAGGUAGUUGAGUCAGAUACUUCUGCCCUUGGACUUCUGAAGAAGAGUAGAUGGAGGUCUCUAUCUAGUUCACAAAUUUCAGAAGCCAAGGGGUUCCUGUCUUCCCUUUGUACUGCAUUUUCCUAAGCAAUGCUGUCUUACCAAUGGCUCAGUGGUCAGGCAGAAUGAAUCACAGCAAUGCAUGGAAGAAAAGCCUCUUGUCAGCCUUCCUUGCCUCCAUUCCCUUCCUCUUCCUGGCUCCUACAUGGGGAGGCUGCUCCGUUUCCGAGCAUCAGGAGCCAACCUCUCUUUCAAAAAUAUGUUUACAUGCUACAGUGCCAACCUCUGAAGGCUGAGAGGGUUGGAUAUAGCACUGCUCUGAGGGUGAAACCUCAUGUUCCUGCAUUUAUAAUAAUUGCUGCAGUCUGGCUGUCAAUUGCGGGGGAAUUCUGCCAGCAGUGGUGACGUGGAAACAAGAAAGCGCAGUGGCCUCCUCUCUGCAAGCAAGUCAUGAAUGAGAUUGGAGUUACCCCAACAUGAUUGAAUCUUCAAGAGGAUCUGAAAGCUUUGAGAUAUAUCCCCAAUGUUGUGGUGGUUUUGGGUUGGAGAUUCAGGCAGCCUGCUUCUUCUUUCCUCCAAACCAUUAUGCUCCACGUGCCUAUCCAGGACCAGGACUAAACCUGGAUGUUUACGGUCAAUCUCUUUCAGUGUAAAUGUAUCCUGCUUUUCAUCUUGGCCCUCACUGGACUUGACACAUGUGGCUCAACUUGUUUAGGUCUGUUCUAUUAUUGCCUCUUUUUUUAAAAAAAUGCAAGCAUCAUAUAUGUUUGAUGAUAUCAAGUUCAGGAGAGGGAUAUUUUUCUCUGUCUGGGAGAUACUAAAGAGGGACAUACUGCAUGGAAAAUAGUAAAGAAACACCAGGAGAGAGAAUGAGGCUAAUGCUGUUUAGAAGGGGGAAUGAAUGCUACAAUCAUAACUCCACUGUAGAAUUCUAUAAUAUAUUACCAAAAAAGAAAGAUUAUAUUAUUUAUUAAACUGUAUAGUUCCUGGUAAAUUUCUCAAUAAACAUCAAUGUUUCAGGUCA